AGAGGAAAACAUGUUGUCGGACUUCAAGCAAGAACACACUUCUGCAGGUGGUCUGGCCACCCUUCUUUUUACACAGAGGAUGACGCUAUCUUAAUUCGGGAGGUGGUCUGCUGACGCUAGCGCUAGCCCUGCGUAGGCGGAAGCCACCCUUCUUAUUAUUCUGUAUUACUUAUAAGUAGCCUCACAGAAGUAGAUUAUUAUUAUUAUUGUACCUAGAAGGAGGAUGACAAGGAGAGUAGUCGCGGUUGCAGCGGCGUUGCCGCUGGCUGGCGCAGCCCUACUCGAAGUAUCCAAAACGAAGCUCACGCAGCGAAAGAAAGAUCGCUUUCGUGCGUUCCUGGGCAAGGCGAAAAAAACGGGAAAGGGAGUGUACUAAUAGGUUAUCUUGUAUUUUUUGAUUAUGCAGUAUCCACUAAAUAAAACAACCGGUUCGUUUUUACCUCUAGCGUGUAGCCGUUCCAACAAUAUUUUUGAAGAACGUACGACUACGACGUCUCCCGGCUUUUACCAUAUAGGUCUAGAAGCUUCUCUCUUUUUCCCUUUAGACUGAGUCAUCUUCUCAGAUUCAUCUUCUCAGAUAAGUAGUAUCGCAACGCCCCAAGAAAAAUCAUUGAUGCCUCUUAGAAAAACCUACACAAACUUGAUCUUCAAAUCGAACUCACCAACUACCAAGGUCUUUCGGUCAAUUGUCUUCCCGCGGUGGACGGCGGGCGACGUCUCAGACUGUAGCAUUAUCAAGACAACGAGUUAGUUUCACGAGCUAUUCCAGUAACCAUGAAUCUGCAACCGACCGAAGCCUCCUGCAGGCUUCUGUGGUGCACAAGACGGCUUAUUUUAUGGGUAAAGAUGAGGUUUAUCAUAUCAAUGACUUGAUUGCAGCCGACCGAAGCCUCCUGCAGGCUUCUGUGGUGCACAAGACGGCUUAUUUUAUGGGUAAAGAUGAAGUUUAUCAUAUCAAUGACUUGAUCAUGUCCAUGUGCUUUGUCAGAUUUAAUAUUUUGGUACUUGUUGUACCGGUACCAGAUUAAAGAUAAAAACAUAUGGACAAGAAAAGUUUCUACUUAUAGUAUAAGAAUAGUUCACACGACAUGUAGUUGUUGAUGUUGUAACAUCCUCCUCAACAUUUCUAAUGAAUUCGGGAAAAUUGGCGUCGGGAAUCCACCGCAAGAAUUUACGGUAGUUUUUGACACGGGAAGCGGGAAUUUGAUGCUGCCAAGUAGACUCUGCGAAGACAGCGCUUGCUUCGCACACAAGCGGUUUGAUCGGGAGCAGUCGUUUUAUGAUAGCGAAAUAGCACGACGUAGUAAUCUGUGACGACUAGUACCGAAGAUGAUCUGGGAGUCGAAAAAAAUAUAUCCCUUAUUACAUGGAAAAACUACCAAAACGCUGAUCCACCCAAUCUGACUAGUACAAAAAUCCUAGUAAGAACAAGAGAACAAGAUCGCCCCCUCUUCAAACCUCUCCCUUCUUCAUACCCCAACAGCGAAGGACAUCAAUUUUGAUGGAACAUCAGUGGCCCAUGAAGACCGUGAGCUUCUCACCGCCAGGGACCAACUGACAGUUACUUUUGGGACUGGCGAAAUAUCUGGCGUAGCUGUGAACGACAAUAUCUGCUUGGGCGAAACGAUCUGUGCACCGGGAUCUUUCUUAUGAAAGAGGGCGAUGGGGUCGUUGUUUUGUGUCUUUGUAAUUUUUCUGGUACAACAAGGUGUACCACAGCCCUUCUUGUUUUAGCAGCUCUCCUACUUCUUUUCUAACCCCCGUAACCGCCACGAAAGAAACUGCGGAGCCUUUCGGACGGUUUCAGUUUGAUGGCGUGCUAGGCCUCGCCUUAGACGAAAUGAGUCAGGGAAAAGACUUCAACAUGAUCGGUAGGCUGGCAAGGGAGAAAGUUUUGGAGAAACCAGUACUGCUCAGGACCUUGUGACUUUGAGUUUUUAGGCAGAAAAAAAGUAGUCGCGAACCAGUCAGUACGUGAUUUCGUGUUUCUCGAGGACAUAUGAUAGUGGUUUCCCCUUAUUUUCUCUUAGAGGUGUGCUGCAAAUCUUGAUUGGCUUUCACCUUUUGGGUGAAGGUUUAGGUCCCGCGACGCUCAAAGCACUAAGCAAAGCAACCGGUUAGUUUUCCCCUCUACUAGUCUAGGCUUAUCCCGUGCAACGCCGCAGGGUGUAGUUUGUUACUUCCUCUCUCUCAGUAAUGACAUGAAAUUUGUUUGUUUUCUCAACAUCCUAGAUUUCUCAACAUCUCUACAUCUUCUUCUCCUCCUUUAUCAGAUGUUUUCGGUCUUUUUGUCGGAUAGCGACCAUGAGCAAAGCGAGAUCACGUUUGGGGAUUAUAAGAGGGAUCACAUGGCCUCGGAGCUUAUAUGGUCUCCAGUCAGUCGCCACAGUGGCUAUUGGCAAGUCGGCGUGGAUGAUAUCACGGUGAACAAUGAUAUGGCCCUGCUUUCUUGGGAGAAUUACGCGUUUAAAAGAGAAGAGACUUGUGAGGAAAAUAUGCUAUGCUGUAGAUCUGAAUUCACUAGCAUAGAAGUAGACUUCUUUCAUUCCCCAACGUCAAUCCCUCUGCGGCCACGGUGGUUGCCAAGUUGCCGUGGAUACCGGAACUAGCCAAUUGGCCGGACCCACUGAGAUCGUGAACAAAUUGCGCGAAGCGUUGGACGUGCAACCGGACUGCUCAAACUACUCAAAGCUUCCGAGGUUGGGCUUUUUGCUGCAGGGACAAAUCCUCAACUUGGAUUUAUGAACAUAUAUUUUGAUCACAUCGUAAGUACUGUACAACGCGACGUAUGAUAUCCUUGCUUUUUUAUUUCUUACCAGGCGUACUAGCCCUCUUUCCUACAACCGAGUACUAGACGUAUAAACCCUGCCUGCACCUUCCAACUUUCAUCCUCCCCUUCCGACUACGUGGAUCGCGACGAGAGUAACGGGAGUUGCGAGGUCGCUUUGAUGAAUAUCGACGUCCCGCCACCGAAUGGACCGUUGUUCAUCUUCGGAGAUCCUUUUUUGCGAAAGUUCUACACGGUCUACGACCGCGAAAAACUACGUGUAGGUUUCGCAGCUGCAAGACACAAAGGAGCUGGAGAGGGCGAAUACUACGGAGCAGAUAGCGUGGUCUCUUUAUGCUUGGUUCAUCUACAGGAGAAUUACAGUAGAAGUAUUUGUGGUACAGUUCUAUGUAUGAUUUCUUCAGGAGAAGCACUUGUGGUACUUUUGAGAUUACAUGUUAACCAACUUGAAGUAGAGUCAAGCGCUGCCACUACUACUCCCGCAACUACUGAUGUGGAAACCGUGGGUCGCCCUCACAACUUCAACGUCAGAGAAAUUCGUAGAACUCAAAGAAGACUCAGGGAAGUCGUAGGUCCAAUCCGAACCGACUAACAUCAUCAUCAACAAACUUGAAGUAUAGAGUCUGUGCCGUAAAAAAUGCAGUCCUUGUUUCCUGGGCUCCCUUUCGCUGCUGACUUAUCAAAUGUGGUAUCUUUCUUUCAUACCAUCUGGUGGAAAUCGAAAAGCAACGAGAAGGAAACAGGCAUAGCGCAACAGCCGCUGAUGGCACAACUACAACAAGUGAUGAGGAAGAGACGAGGACAAACAGGCAUGCUGAGGAUUCAUCAAACGAAGCUUCAUCCAAGGAUGCAGAAGAUCUACGACCAAAUAGCAACACCGACUCAGCGAAGGCAAGCAAAGCGAUGCUACUGCAGGCCAAGGCCCGAGUACAACGAGCGGCACUGGAGAAGCGCAAGGAGGCGAAGCUAGAACGUGACUUAGCCUUUCUAGAGGAUGAGAUGGAGGGGAUCGGGUUGUAGUUGAGGAGUCACUUCUGGGAUAGGAAUGCAAAUAAUUUUUGAUAGUAGUAGAUAAGCAAUUGACUGCUACCUUUCUCUUAUUUCUAGUCAGGGCUCCACUGAAAAUAUAGAACACUAAAUGCAAAGAGUUUUGUUUUGAUGGCGGUGAGAAAUGUCAACAAGUUAUUCUAACAAUAAGCUCACAAGAAAAAUGUAAGAACCAAUGUCACGAACAAAAACUACUGUGCCACUGUUUUAGAUAGUGGUCUAUGUCACUAUUAUAAAAAGUUAAUGGUCAGAAAGAGUAUAGUUUUUUUCUGUGCAUAGAAAUGGACAAUUACACAGCACGAACUUUUGUACAGAAAGAUUGGUACUCUGGCAGUCCUCGGAUUAGUCCCUUUUUUUGUGCUUCAUCGUUUUAUCAAGUAAAUCAAUGAUCUAGUCGCAGACAAACCGCGAGUCUAGUAAGCAAU